AUGGACACAUACCAAAGCUCAGCCAAGAAGGGUAACCUAAUAUCCCAGGCUUAUAAAGAGCCUAAACAAUUAACAGAGGUUGUAACUUUUAAAAGUGUAUCUUUACACAAGAGCGUAGCUAUGGUAGCAAGCUAUUCUUUUGUUUUUGUUUACCUAGUUUUAUUUCACUUUGAGCAUAUAAGUUCAAUGGCACUAUCAAGGUAUUCUUGUUGUACAGUACUAGAGCACACCUAUGCCCAGCCAAUAUAUUUGAUGUUCUGGCAAAAUGUAUAUUCGUUCUACAGUGAAUUCUGGCAUAUAAUUGAGAAGGUGAUCAUAGAUACUUCUCCUGCUUCUCCAUUAGCCUACUCCACAGUUAAUUCUUGA